AUGAAUGUGGCUGUCCAGGAUCCCCGCCAGAUGCUUAGGCCAGGCGUCAAGCUAAUCCGUCGCAAGACCCACUUCUCCGCCAAGCCAUACUGGGGUGCCGCAACUGAGCUCAUCACGAACGACACACGAUACCGCAAUUCCACAAAUCCCCGCAUCCAAGCCGCCACCAUGCUCUCCAGGCGCAUUGUAGCGGCACGCCCGCUGGCUCGCACCAUUGUCCCAGCCCGCCCACGCCCGCAAUUCACCCAGAUCCGCACAGCCCUCACAGCCGCUGAGAAGCAGGAGCUCGCAGACCCGAACCAGAAUGGCGGCUACAUCAACCCUCCCCCAGAGAAGCGCGGAAACCGCGACCCGUACGGCGAUUGGUGGGACAAGCAGGAGCGUCGAAACUACGGCGAGCCCUGCCACGAAGAUAACGAUAUCCUCGGAGUCCUCUCGCUGCAUGACUACAACCACUUCACCCCUGGAUGGGGUGCCGUUCUGUUGGGCAUCUCCGUUGCGACUGUCUUUGGACUCUGCGCAGCAGUAAGCACCGUUUACCCCGACAAGAUCAGUGUGCCAAAGACCUACCCAGGUGGCCUUGAUGUUGAGCUGGGAGGCAAGGGCGCUGUACCAGCUAGGAAGUCAGGUGAGACUUGGUAGAUGUAUAUAAAUGAAGUAAGACGUACAUACUACCG